UAAGCCAAUUUAUUUUAUAAGUAUCCUGAAAUUAAUAUUUUGUACUAGAUAUAGUCUCUCCUCUUUAGAACAUUGUUGUUUUUAAAAUUUUAGGAAUGUUUGCUAACUUAUUUGAAGUCAAUCAUUUCUACUAAAGCAUCUAUAUUCAACCAAUGGCAGGAUAAUCUCAAUAUGACAUGGCAUCCUAACUCUUUGCUCUUGAUUUAAAAAUCUGGAGUUUUCUUGUUCUAAAUUUUCUGAUUUUUUGCAAGAAUUAAUGCUUAGACUAUGGCCUUUCAGGUUCCAUAUUGAAUUUAAUUGACUAAAAAUUUAAGAUAUUAGAGCUAGCGAUAGAUUAUUGGCAUGAACUAUUCCUAGUAACAAAGCAAGAGAAUCUAAUAAGCAUAUUAUUCCCUUUUCUUAGCCCUUGAAAACUAAGAUAAUGUAGUAAAUUAUCAGUCACGUUUCUUCUAAAUGUUACCAUACCAACUGCAUUUAAAAUCCAUCGGAGUUUAAGAAGAAAUGUCUUACUAGUCUUCACCUCUCAAAGAUUUUUCUUAAUAAAAGUCUCGGUUACUUCAUUCUCUACGAUUAAUCCUUAAAGCAGAGCCUACAAAUGCUAUAAAUGGGCAAUAAAUUCAUUCGAAUCUUUGAGGUUAAGCCAAAGUUUUUCAUAAAAACUUCAUAAAAGUUUCUUUAAACAUUCCAUUAUUUGGUCACCUAAAAAUAACUUCUGUUAGAAAGAGUCUGUUAAUUUCUAUUCAUCCCUAUCUGAAGUGUAGUUUCUUGCUGAAUUAUAGCCGGAGCAGAGACCUGCCAUUUUUGUGACUUGAAUGCUAACCUAUACGUAGAUGAAAGAUAACACACAAGCUUUGUCAGAAAGGGCUCAAAUGGGCAGACAAGUUCAGGAAAUAGGUAACUUUUCCAAUAAGAGGAGGAAGAUUGAAGAAGAGUGUGCUAGUGAAGGAAGAGAUGCUAUUUUGAAGAAUGCAGAGAUAAAGCAAAAAGACCAAAGCAAGGUAGAUGGCAAUAUACUGCUGAAAAAUAAUGGAGAGCUUGAGCCUUGUGAGCGGAAGCAUUUUAAGAUAACUGAGAUAGAUGAGACUUCUGGUAAGAGGAUAUGAAAGCUACCUCACAAUAAACAUUUGAAAUCCAAGGACCCAGCCGAAGGUUCAACAGAAGAGGAUCAAGAUAUCAAUGGGUAUUUGUCUAAACUUCAAAAAGUAAAAGAAUCCAAGCCUCCAAAAGUCUAUAAAUUCGAUGAAAACUCGACUGAUGUACCAUCUAAGAUAAUUUAUAAGAAAAGACAAUUCAAAGAGAAGAUAAAGAAUGAUGAAGAGCUUCAUUCUUCUGAACUCUAUCAGAUAGACAGAAUAUACAAUAAUGGACUAAAGAACUCUCAACAUGGAUUAAUAAGCACGAAUGAGAGCUUUGAAAGAGCUAAACUAGCUUCUAACUCAAAGCAUCAUGAUACUGAUGAGCAAAACUUCAUCAAGAAAUCCUCAGAAGUUGUCACUAAAAGUGCUGAUAUGAAUAACCUAAAUCAAGACUCCAAUACAGCCACAGAAAUUUCCCUCGGUACAGACACUAUACUAACUAAUGAAGCUGAAAUAAUGAUUUGGGUUCCUUAUAAAAUUGUCAAUAACCAAGAGACUGGCCUGACAAUAGUCCCAUUACACUCUGUAAAAGUUGUUAUUACUCCUAUGCAACCAAGAGACCACUUAUCAACUCUGGCUCAACUAUUAUACAACAAAGCCCAUAACUCUGGAUCAGACUCUAUAAAUGACAAUCAACAAGACCCUCAAAAAUUGCUGAAUAAAGUAUCUUCACUAUCCAUCAAUACCAAAACCCUCGACACCAACCCCCACCCUAGCCAGUCCAUUAGCUCCAAGCACUCCCCUCUCUUAUCCCUCCUAAUCCAGCACCUGACCACAAAAUACUGAUUCUGCCAGACCUCCCUAUCCCCAUAAACCCCAGCCAAGCCCAUUCCUCGACCAGAUCCCCAGCCAAAAUUUCAAUUUACCCUAAAAAUCCCAGC